GUCAUAUCUGGCAAACACAUGUCGUAUCUGGCUGGGCAAGUAUAGAUCAUGUCACGCAACACGAAGUCGUUGCUGGCUCGGAUAGUCGCUCUACUUUAGUUUCCGUUCCCGUCUCCCUCUUCCUCCUCGCCCUCCUCCUGCUCUCCCUCUUAAUACUUCUCCUUGUAUUUGUAGUUGCAGAAGAGCUGUGCGCCCCUCUCUGGCUUGACAAACUUACCGUCGACCACAAGCCCGUCGUCGACCUCCGAUGGCGGCGUCUCGGGACACUCAUUCUCCGCCUCUACACACACACAUGCAAACAAAAUACACCCACAAACAUGUACUAUCAUGUAUAUCGUAUAUAUCCGAUUCACGUAUUCAUACCCUCUUUGGUGGUGCAUCGGCCGAGAUAUUUUUUUUUGAUGGAAGGCUUGUGAGGAUCGUAAUCGAUUCGCUGGUGGAGCUUGCAGAUCUUGUCGGGGUCGUGAGUGUUCUUUGUGCCUUCUACGGUACAAGGGCCUCUUGGGGCGGCCUCAUUUUCGGGCCUAUCUCGUUCCCAGCCUGAUUAUACGCGAAUUGGUUGAAGAUCUUCAAAACGCAUGUGCCCCCUGACGGACGGAGGGAAAGAGAACGUAUACACAGGACAUACAUGAAAGAAACACACGCCCAUAUACGUAUUGGCCUGUGUACCGCCUUGGGCCUCUUUUGUUUAUUUCGGUCUGUGCUCAUGUCUAUCUCCUUCAUUCGCUCACUUUUAGCGGAUAGUAUUUGCAGCUGUUGCUCGGCCAUGCUGAUAGUCUUGAGGGCAGUUCUGACCAUAUCAUUGCUCGUUUUGCUCAGCUGGUUGGCAGCGGCCAUGAUCUGCUUGGCCUGCUGCACUUGAGCACGGAGCAUCGACAACGACAUGCCUGAACACACGCGCACACACACACAUGCGCUUGCGUCAUGUCCGCCUGCCGCCCGCAUACAAGGACAGAAGCGCACGGCAGGCAGAUCUCAUUCAUACCCUGCACGUGUCGAGAGAGAUCCUUGGCCAUCUGGGCCUCCUCUAGCUGGGAAGCCACCGCAGCUGCAUGCGUGGGUGAACAGGGAGGAUCUAUGCGCUACGUGCGGACGGAUGGCCUCUGCCUUCUCUUGAUUGGUGUGGGGGCGUCCGUGUGUGUAUCUGUGUAGCUGCACACGUACGUACCGGCUGCUUUGGUGAUGUCGGCCGUGGCGGCCAGUUCGUGGGCAGCUGUGUUGAGCUUGUAUGCGGCCGUGAUGGUGGUGCUGGCCUUGUCUAGUUGCAGCUGCACGAGCGCCAUCUGCUGGGCCUCAAACGCCGACACCUCACCAACUGCACACGCAUAUGACACAUCAACACACAGAGAUCUCGACUGCACGAAUGGACGGAUGGAUGGGCGAGGCCACCUACCGUGCCCGUAACGGUCCACCGACACUUCUGCACCCAUCACAAAUGCAAGAGAAUAGCAACAGCACGCGAAUUGGACAGAUCUGCCAUGAUUUAUGGUCCGUUCGGUGCGUGUGCGCUUCCUCGCGGCUCACGUCGGUCACCGGUGCGCUGGCCGGCCAGCAGAGGCUGGACGAGGGCCGCAAGGCCAACCAACAGGAUGGCAACGACGCCGAAACGCAUCAUCGAGGCAGGCUCCGCAAGUAUGAGAAACUAUGUGCACGCUCGGGCGCUUAAAGAUAUCUCUCUCUGGGAGAGAGAGAGAGGGAGGGGGGGAGG